AUGAAGACUGAGAAAAGACCAUCAGAUUUGGCAAUUCAGAGGUCAUUAGUAACUUUGAGGAAGCAGUUUGAGGAAGCAGAGAUGAGCAUUUGUUUGGCUUUUCAGGAAUCAUUAACAUUUAAGGAUGUAGCUGUGAACUUUACUCAGGAGGAGUGGGGACAACUGGAUCCUGGUCAGAGAUACUUGUAUAAGGAUGUUAUGCUGGAGAACUAUAGGAACCUAGUCUCAUUAGGGCAUCAAAUUUCCAAACCUGAUGUGAUCUCCCAAUUGGAGCAAGGAGAAGAGCCUUGGUUGAUAGAGAGAGAAAUUCCAAGAGAUACCUUCCAAGAUUGGGAGACAAUGCCUGAAAUCAGUGCAUCAACUCUAAAGGAAAUUAUUUCUGAAAAGCAAUCAUCCCAGGAGAUGAUAAUGGAGAGAUUCACAAGAAAUUUUUUCUGUUACUCUAAUCUAGGACAAGUCUGGGAACCAGAUGUCCAGUAUGGGAGACUGCAAAAAAUCCAGGAGAGACAUUUGAGACAAAUGACAGUUCCCCACAAGAAAAUGCUGCUUGUAAAGAGGGACCAUGAGUACAAUAUGUAUAGUCUGAGUUCAAUCUUUGUUACAGAAGAAAAUAUUCCUAGAAAAGAGAGAUAUUCUGAAUGUGACAUAUCUGAAAAAAACUCCAAAUGUAAUCCACAUUUAAUUAGACAUCAGAAAAUCUGUGCAACAAAGAAACUGUUUCAGUGUAAUGAAUGUGGUAAAUCUUUCAGUAAAAGUGCACUUCUUCGGCAACAUCAAGUAGUACAUACUGGAGAGAAACCCUAUAAGUGCAAUGAAUGUGAGAAAGCUUUCAGUAAAGGUGCACUUCUUAUUCAACAUCAGAGAGUCCAUACUGGAGAAAAACCCUAUAAAUGUAAUGAUUGUGAAAAAGCUUUCAGUAAAGCUGCACUCCUUAUGCAACAUCAGAGAGUCCAUACUGGAGAAAAGCCCUAUAUGUGUAAUGAAUGUGGGAAGGCAUUUAGUCAGAGCAUUUGCCUUACUCGCCAUAAGAGAAUUCACACUGGAGAGAAACCCUAUGAAUGUAAUGAAUGUGGAAAGACAUUUAGAUUACGUGGACAUCUUACUCAACAUCAGAGAAUUCAUACUGGAGAGAAACCUUAUAAAUGUAAGGAAUGUGGGAAAACCUUCAGCCAGAGUACAGACCGUACUCAACAUGAGAGAAUUCAUACUGGAGAGAAGCCCUAUAAAUGUACUGAAUGUGGAAAAACAUUCAUUCAAAGUACACAUUUAACUCAGCACCAGAGAAUUCAUACUGGAGAAAAACCCUAUGAAUGUAGUGAAUGUGGAAAAGCAUUUUGUGAUAGGUCAUCCUUUACUAAACACCAGAGGAUUCACACUGGAGAGAAACCCUAUGAAUGUACUGAAUGUGGGAAAGCCUUCAUUAGAAGUUCAGACCUUAUUCAACAUCACAGAACUCAUACUGGAGAGAAGCCCUAUGAAUGUAAUGCAUGUGGGAAAGCCUUCAGCCUGCAUGUACAUCUUACUCGACAUCAGAGAAUUCAUACUGGAGAGAAACCCUAUAAAUGUAUUCAUUGUGGAAAUGCCUUUAGGCAUAGUUCAGCCCUAGUCAGACAUCAAAGACUUCAUAGUGGAGAGUAAACCUGAGUAUUUAGUGAAUAAUGUAAGACCUGUAGACAUCCCUUAUCCAAAUAUUCUAUGGUCACAAUAUCACAUAAGUUAUCAAUUACCUUACUUAGGGUGUUUAAAAUAAGAAAUAUGCUUCUUUGUUUCUUUCUCUACUACAGUAAAAGCCAGUACUUACAAAGUGAAUUUAAAUCAGUUCACACCAAAGCAAUUCAUCUGAUAAUUUUAUUUAAUGAUUAAUUCACCUCAUACCAAUUUUCUAAAAAUCAUAAACAGUUGAAUUUUGAUUCUUUAAAAAUCAGCUAUCUUUAGCUUCCAUUAAUUAUUUCCAAAUUAUUUUUGUUAACAAAACAACAGUAUAAUGGCCAGUAUAGGUUACACCUAAUAUGAUUAGGAAGGUUUAUUAUUGCCCUUAAGUGUAAAGAAAUGUCACUGGAAAGUUUACUUGUGUGGAUCAUCAGGUAAUAAUGACUAAAUUCCACAGUGUCUUCAAAAUAAUAGAAUCAUUUUUAAAAUAAAAUCAUUUUUAAAUCAUAGUAGUUCAUGAAAGCAUCUUCUACAAUAUGAUGAAGUUUUAAGGGGCAUUGGGAAAGAGAAAACAUACACUUUAUUCUUUUAUGACUAUUCACAUCAUUGAAAUAUUUAAUUAAAAAACAAACCUUUUGCAAUAAAAAAUUUUCUUAAGAAAAUAUUCCUGCCCAACUUUAAAAGAAUAUUAGCAAAUACUUUUUUCUAAACUAACUUUAAGUGAUUUAUCUUAUGAUAUCAAACUUUCUAAAAGAUAUGGAAGUUAAUUUAACAAAACAACACAGUAACAGAUAACAAAAAGAAAAAUUCAUAAUGUGCUCUACCAAAUUCUUAUUUUCUAUAAUAAUUAUUGCCUUAUUUUGUACUUUGGGAAAUCAAAAAUAAAGGCAAAACUUUAUCAUGAUCAUGAAAUUAGAAAAUGCUUCUUGUUACCUUUCAUGUUUUGUAACUUUUGCUCUUGUCUCAUUUCAAAUUUUCUUGUAAUAUUAACCAUAGAAAUGUCAACUUGUUAGCGUUUUUCUUAUAUUUUAUGACAGAAUAUUUUUCUUCUUUUUGAACUAUCAUCUAAGCACUAACAGUUUCACUUUAUAAGCUGAUAUUUUGCAGAGCAGACUUACCUUGAAAAUGCAUGAAUCAGUUUUUAUUGUCACUCUUCAUUUUAUGAUUCAUCACUAUGUUGUGGAUUCUUAAGAAUGAAAAACUUCAAAGUUUUGUCUUUAAUGGUGCUCAAACUCCAACCAAAGUUGUGAGUUUUGGUUCUCAGUUUCCAGAAUAUAUGUUGAAAAAGUUGAUGAAUGUCGUGGGUAAUUGUGUUUGUAUUUAUAUUUGUGCCUGUAAUAAUGAUAAAACUGUUUUAUCUGAUUACUGGAAAGGUAAAAAUUUAUAAUUCAUUGAUGCAGUUGUAAUACUCAUGUAUUUUUAAUAAGAUAGUUUCCAAUGCCAAUUAAUUCUAUGUUUCUGUCAAUUCAAUACUGCCAGUGAACAGGAAGGUAAGACAGAAGAAACACAAGGAGCUACAGAGUCAGGAAAAGAAGUAAAAUUUGGAAGCCAACUCCAUACCCUGAAGAACAUGAGAACCCAAACCCCAUAAUGUCUGGUGGGGACUAAUCUAACUGGGAGAAACAGAUUGAGCAAUAGAAUGAAUGUUCAUGAAGCCUGAGUGUUUCUCUCUUCAGAUAAAGCGUAAAGAAGGGCAAGCUUCUAAAUCUGAUGAGAUGCUACAGCCUAAGGUUCAAAUAGGAGAAUAGUAUUACUUGGUAAACAGAAGAGCAAGAUCAAGUUGUUGCUAGAUUCAUAAUGUAGUUUGAACUAUUCUGUGAAGAGUCAAAUUGGAGGCUCUUUAAAGGGAAUACUGGUCUUAGUAUUUUUAUCAUUUUUAUCCCUGUAACAUAAGAUUGAGGUGAGUAAGUUCAGGAAAACUCAUAUCCAAAUAUUCUAUGGUCACAAUAUCAUAUAAGUUAUCAAUUACCUUACUUGGGAUAUUUAAAAUAAGAAAUAUGCUUCUUUGUUUCUUUCUCUACUACAAUAAAAGCUGGUACUUACAAAGUGAGAUUAAAUCA